AUGGAUUCAAAUGCUGAUAUGAUAGCUGACUUAUUUGGUGAAAGCCUGGAUGGCAAAAGAAAAUUUUGGAUCGGCAGUAAAGACAAAAACUUUACCACGCAAUUAAUAAAAGGUGAAGAUCCUGUUCUACCUCCCCUACGGAAACCCCAGUCCAGUGCCUUUGUUGAUGUGAACAGUGACUUUUGUUCAGAUCUGUCUGUUAUGUCUGUAAAAGAUGGGAGAACACAAAUCGAACAAUGGUUUUGUGAGGAUGGUGGGUUUGUCUUGAAUCGAACACUUAUUGUCCCCGAAAGUGCCCUUGUUAUUGGACAGGCUACAUUUGUCAAUAUUGAUGGGGACAAUUUUAUUGAUGUGGUGCUUCCAGUCUGUGAAGACCAACAUUGUGCGAAAAGCAAAAUUUAUGUUUUUUCAAAGGACAUGUGGCAUAAACUUCCUGUUACUUUUGGUAAAGGUAACUGGCGAUUUGUUGAGCCAUCGCAAAGUAUAAAUAAAAUGAUAGCACCACCCAUUACAUUACGAGCCGGUGACUACAACCUUGAUGGUUAUCCUGACCUUCUUGCCAUCUUAUCAAAUCAGAACCACACUCAACAAGCAUUCCUGUUAAAAAAUAUUCCAUUCAAUUCUGAUAAUUAUACUCGGUCCUUUGAGAUUAUCUGGCCAGCAACAUUUACACAUUUGACUGAUUCUGCACUUUUGACUGCAUUUUUUGAUGUGGAUGAAAAUGGAAUACUUGAUGUUCUUCUCACUUCACACUCAAAAGAUGACAGAACAAGAAUUCACGUAUUCAAAAAUAAAUUUCUUGAAGAUGCUUACUUCUUGAAGGUCAUGGUUGUGAGUGGUUUAUGUGAAACAAACUGUAAUGUUGAGCCAUAUGGUGUAAACCAACCUGGUCCUGUGAUACGCUUUAAAACCACACAGUCUACUGGAGAAAUCCAGCUUGGCUAUGCAAGUCAACUCACUCAGUCUGCACAUUAUUCACUGCAAUUACCAUUUACCGUCUUUGGCCUCGGACAAACACCAAAUUAUAUCGAUACACUAGAAGUUGGAAUUCCAUAUUCAACAAAAGAAAAUAGCAAAAUCCGUGAAUGGACGUCCAUUAUUCCAAAUUCACAGCUUAUCAUUAUUCCAUACUUGAGUCUAGAUCCUUAUAGCUGGAAGAAUCGACUGUUUGUAACACCCAGUCGCCUUGUGUUAUUAACGGGGGCUUCCCUUCUUGGCACAUGUGCCGUCAUUGCUGCUGUGGUUGGUAUCUUACAUUGGAGAGAAAGGGCUGAAGACAAACGAGAAAAACUUCAAGAAGCCCACAAAUUCCACUUUGAUGCCAUGUAA